AUGAAGUCUAAGGGGGAAAGAGCGCCAUCAGAGGCGGCGCACUGCAUUUCCGUGUUGCUGGAUAUUUUGAAAAGUUUAGAGUUGUUUCUGCGACAACUUCGUGAGCUGGAAAGCCAGCGGCACGAGGAGAUUAGAAUUGCGCUGGAGAAAAAGAUGGAGGCAGCGCUGAAUGAGCGUCUUCCUAGACCCAUACAGCAGUUAUGGCACGAGAUUUGUGGGGCUUUUGCAUCGGCCGUGUCCCCGCACGGCGUGAACUGCGCAGUUCGGGAGGGACUUUGGGAUGAAUUGGCCCAUCAGUGCGUCCAGCUCCCCUUUUUUAGGUCGAUUUACGAAUACGCCGUGGCUACACUUUCGGAGCGGACACUGGCAGCUGAGAGUCACACGGUCACAAACUACCACUGUAUUGAGUGGUUGUUGAAGGAACGAGAAAACAUCUGGGCGUCCGCGGAGUGGCAAAUAACAAGUGAGUGGUUGAAAGGUUUUGUGAAACAUUUACUUCUUGCCGCUGCAUAUCGCGAGGAAAGUGAGGGCGUCCACCUGGGUCACUUGGAGAAAAGCGUCGCACUGGCUAAAGAAACCUUUCAAGAGUUCAGCGCACAAGGGAAGCAAAAAUACUCCCGAGGAGUUGACGCGCUCACAUCAGGUGGGAAGUCAGACGAAGAUGCGUUUGAGGUGGAAAGAAUGCGACGAGAGUACUUGAAGUUUUUUCGAGAAUCUUGCAUUGGUGUAGCGGGUGAUCUUCUCUCUCUUGUAAGGCAGAAGGAUGUAUCGCAGUCAUCCUCUCCGGGCAACUGUCAUGUGGAGGUGGAGAAGAAGACAAGUGAAGGUGAGGGGAGAAUGGGGGCUGCGGCUGUCAGUGAUAGUGACGGUGAUGCGGGGAUAUUGUCAUCCUCUCCUCUGAUAGCGGGUGAAGAUCGGUGGGUUUUCUUUCGCGUCCGCCCAAACGACAGCCCAACACUUACCGUUGAUGAAGUUGCAUGUCAAGUAUCCGCUUUUUAUGAGAUAUACAAUACCGCCAAGUCCCCUAUGGCAGCCGUGCUUGCGGAAGGAUAUGGUGACGAUUAUGCGGAACUCUUUGAUGCCUUGGAGUGUCGCUACUUCAUUCCUAAAAAGUCAAUUGCGUCCGUGCAACCAGAAGUGGUGAUUGACGUUUUUGAAAAUCUACCAGUUGAACGGAGAGUUCAUUUUCAUGGAGAACCGGCGGUUAAGACAGUAGUUGGGAGUGAUACUCGUGACCCUGGCUGCUUUGUCAUGUGA